AUUGGUAGGAAUUUCUAGCAGCCCUGCAUUAAGUGCCUCGUAUUUUCUGAAAAAGAUCGCGAAGUGAGUCAAGACAAAUUGACUUUUUUUUAUUAAGUUUUAGCAUGGAUAACUUUCAAAAAAUUGAAAAGAUUGGUGAAGGAACUUAUGGAGUGGUGUACAAGGCUCGAGACAAGAUCACAAAGCAGUUCGUGGCGCUAAAAAAAAUCCGCUUGGAAACGGAAUCGGAGGGUGUUCCAAGCACGGCCAUUCGAGAAAUCACGCUCCUAAAGGAGUUAGAGCAUCCCAAUGUGGUCCAAUUAUUGGAUGUCGUUCAUGCUGAUGACAAGUUGUACAUGGUGUUCGAGUAUCUCACCAUGGACUUGAAAAAACAUAUGGACGAGUCUGAAAACAUCCCGCGUGCACCUUCCGAAGCUGGAUGUCCUGGUCUACCUCCAUCUUUAGUGAAAAAUUACAUGCAUCAGCUAUUAGAUGGUAUAGCCUACUGUCAUAAUCACCAAGUUCUCCAUCGUGAUCUGAAGCCUCAAAACCUUCUCAUUGACAACAGUGGAACAAUCAAACUGGCGGAUUUCGGAUUGGCUAGGGCAUUCAGUGUCCCAGUCAGAACGUACACACAUGAAGUGGUGACUCUUUGGUAUCGAUCGCCAGAGAUUCUCCUUGGUGAAAAAUCCUAUUCUACUGCCGUAGAUGUCUGGAGUCUUGGUUGCAUCUUUGCAGAAAUGCUCAAUAAACGUGCUUUGUUCCCUGGAGAUAGCGAGAUUGACCAGCUCUUCCGGAUUUUCCGCACUCUGGGGACUCCUGACGAGACCUCGUGGCCUGGUGUUACCAAACUACCGGACUAUAAGCCAUGUUUUCCCAAGUGGGACUCUCAACCUUGGGAUCAGAUUUUGAUUCCGGGUAUUGAGCCUAAUGCGAUUGAGCUCUUUCAGAGAUUAACGACGUACGACCCGAGGAAGAGAAUGUCCGCUAAGGAAGCACUAUUCUUGCCUUAUUUUUCCAAUAAUUAAAUAAACUUGAAGCAUCCAUCACUUUUA